AUUUUUAGAUUCAUUUUUUUAAAAUUUUAUUAUAUUAAAUAGAAAUAUCUUAACCUAUUCACUCGUCUUCAGUACAAAGCUAGAAAUCGUAGAGCACUAAGAAAUUCCGUCAACGAUAUGUGUAGGUCGACGGACUAUCACGGAGUUCACUUCAACUACCGUGACCGCUUAAAGAUCCUAUCUUUCUUUGUACGGUUCUCGGGUUUGCGCUCCAGGAAGCCCUUACCCGAAUCCUUAACCCUCCUCUACCUCCCUCGCAUCAAUGAGAACGCCCUCGAGGUCGACGGCUCCAAGAUCCGACCCGAUUCGCAGGCCUUCGUUUCGCUCUACCGCUCCGUCAAUGCGGAGACGAAUGGCGUCGAGGAGGUUGUCUUCGGGAGCAGAGAGAGGGUCCGGGCCAGCGAAGGUAUACGGUUCGAGGUGUAUUUUAAGGAGGAGAAGGUGCUCAAGGGAAUUUUCAGGAAAGAUGAGGACGGCGAGUGGAAAUUGGAUUGUAAAUGCGCGCUCGAGAGUGACAUGGUCGGUGGUAUGAGGGUUUCGGAGGCGGAGGUUUGCGUGGAGGUGGAGGGUGACGUGGCGAUGAGAGAGAAUGUGGCUAUGGUUGUCAAGAGGAAACGGAAUGGGAGGAGAGGUUUUAGUGGGCUGGAGGAGAUUCCAGAGGAGAGAGAGAUAGGUUAUGAUGAUGAUGAUGAUGAAUCGGACGGAUGCGAUUGCUCUUAUGGUUGUGGGGAGACGGAGAUUGGAUUUGACGGUGGGGAUUUACACAAGUCCGGCUCUGACGGUGAGUUGGUAGAGCUAGAGAUGGAUAUGGAAGGUGUAAGAUGGGCCGUGGAUGUGGGUAUUUGGGUCAUGUGUUUAGGUGUGGGCUUUUUGGUUUCCAAAGCUUCUGCCAAGACCUUGAGGCGUAAAAGAUUAUUGUGACGAGGGUGUUUAUUUAUUUAUUUGAUAAUUGUAUAAAUUUCUUCGACUUUUUAAAAUUUCCUUUGUAAAGACUAGACCCAAUUUUGGAUUUAACUCUCAAAUCAAAGUUGUGUGAUAUUAAUAGAAGCCCUAAGUUUUUGUGUA